CCCUGGCUGCGGGGCCGAUGUCCGUGGGUGCGGGACCGGGACCCACCCGGCGCGGCCCGGGCUGCGCUGCGCUGCCGGAGGUGGCGGGGGGCGGCCGCUCGGCCCGGAGGUACCGGUGAGCGAGACGCUGCGGUGCAAGUGCCCUGUUGCUGCCUGUGAAAGUGGUACAACAUGGCUUACAGUGUGACUCUGAAUGGACCUGGACCGUGGGGCUUCAGACUGCAAGGGGGCAAGGACUUCAACAUGCCCUUGACCAUCUCCAGAAUCACCCCUGGCAGCAAGGCAGCACAGUCCCAGAUGAACCAGGGGGACCUUGUCGUGGCCAUUGAUGGAGUCAACACUGACAGCAUGACCCACCUGGAGGCCCAGAACAAGAUCAAAUCAGCCAGCCACAACCUGAGCCUCACUCUGCAGAAAUCUAAACGUCCAGUGCCAGUUUCAACCACAGCUCCCAGAAUUGACUCUCCCAGGGCUGUAAUUCCCCAUCAGAAGGAACCUGCUUGGGAAAUGAAUGGCAACAGAACAACCUUCAGCCCUCUAACUAACACGGCGACGGGGCCUAUGGGUAGUGUUUUAGCAACCAAUGGAACCUUUUCAGGCUACCUCAACCAGCAAGAGAUCAGCCUUUCAAAUAGCUCUUCCUACCUAAAGACUACCACUGUUAGAUCUUCCAUGUCCUCUCAGUCCGUGACUCCUGACAUUUCACCUGCCAAGAGCUCGUUAGGUUCCAAAGCAAGCCCAGCUUUGGCUGGUGGCAGUAGCCCUGCUCACCAGCUGAGCCCUGCAAGGCAGUAUAACAACCCCAUUGGCCUUUACUCGGCAGAGACCCUGAGGGAAAUGGCUGAGAUGCAUAAAUUGAGUCUCAACCGAAGGGCUUCGGAAGGUGGACUUCCUAGAGGUACCCUCCCUAUAAAGGAUCCUCACGUAGACAGUGCCUCUCCAGUGUAUCAGGCUGUGCUUAAAACUCAGAACAAGCCUGAGGAUGACAGUGAGGACUGGAGCCGUCGCUCUGCCAACCUGCAGUCCAAGUCCUUCCGCAUCCUUGCCCAGAUGACUGGAACUGAGUACAUGCAAGAUCCAGAUGAAGAAGCCCUGAGGAGGUCAAGAGACAAGGAAAACCUUGCAGCAGCAUCAGAAAACAGGCCUACAGGUACCGCGCAUGCGCCCCAGUAUGUGACCUCGAGUAUUUGGCAUCCUCCUAAGUCAUCCACCAGGGAUGCCAACACUGCCAAUGCUCAGCCAGUGGCCUCCAAGGGGUCUGUGAGGCUUGGAGCAGGUACAAGCCAGGGGGAGGCCGGUGUUGGCCAGAAAGCCCCUCUUGCUUCAUCCAGUAACCAAAGUACCCCUGUUGAGCAUGCCCCGGUGGCUCCCAGUUCUGCUGCUCCUGCACCACAUGCUUCAGCACCUCAGCCUGCUACUGCUGCUCCAAACACAGCCAGCCUGAUGGCAGCACCAGCCACCACCUCAGUAGUGCAAGAGUCUUUCUCAUCCUCCUUCCAAAGAAACACAGUCCAGUCAUAUACACCAAUGCCAGUUUCUGGAGGCUACAGUGAAAGUCCUGCUCCUUCUGCUGCUUCAAAAAUGAGAGUUGUUACUACUGCCAGCAUAAAGCCCUCUGUCUACCAGCCAGCGCCAGCACCAGUUCAUUCCUACACCCCUGCCAACACGGAGCCUGCGAGUCGCCCUCCCUGGGUAACAGAUGACUCCUUUUCCCAGAAAUUUGCACCUGGAAAAUCCACCACCACUGUCACAAAGCACAUCCUACCAAGGGGUGCUCCAGUGCUAUCCCCUGCCACAAUUCCUGCUUACCCGUCUCCAGUUUCAACUCCUUCCCAGCCCCCUGCGUUAGCCCGGGGAACAGUUCAGAGGGCGGAGCGUUUUCCAGCCAGCAGCCGAACUCCUCUCUGCGGGCACUGUAACAGCAUCAUUCGAGGGCCUUUCCUGGUAGCCAUGGGUCGCUCUUGGCACCCAGAAGAAUUCAAUUGUGCUUACUGCAAGACAUCCUUGGCUGAUAUGUGCUUUGUGGAGGAGCAGAACAGUGUGUACUGUGAGCGCUGCUAUGAACAGUUCUUCGCACCGACCUGUGCCAGGUGCCACACUAAGAUUAUGGGGGAAGUGAUGCAUGCCCUAAGACAGACUUGGCACACGAGUUGCUUUGUCUGUGCUGCUUGUAAGAAGCCAUUUGGGAAUAGCCUGUUCCACAUGGAGGACGGGGAGCCUUACUGUGAGAAAGAUUAUAUUGCUUUGUUCAGCACAAAAUGUCAUGGCUGUGAUUAUCCUGUUGAAGCUGGAGAUAAAUUCAUUGAAGCUCUUGGACACACUUGGCAUGACACCUGCUUCAUUUGUGCUGUAUGCCAUGUGAAUUUGGAAGGUCAGCCAUUCUACUCCAAGAAGGACAAGCCACUGUGCAAGAAGCAUGCCCACGCUAUCAAUGUUUAAAAGAAGAGUUGGUAGUCAGUAAUGCUGGGGUAAAACAGAUGACUAACUGGGCAAUCAUAAAGUUGAUAACCAUGGCUAGCACUUCUCUCGGUAAAAGCUAGACGUUGGUACUUCUCAAGUUUAACUUUAUCCUCUUUCAUAAAUGCAGAACAUGCUUUUUGUGAAGUUCAUACAAAAACCUAUUGAAUGAGCAGUCAAAACCAAAUGAACUCAUGAACUAGUCCAUUAUUAUAGCAACAGUUGGGGGAAAUAUUGAAAUUAACUAAAAACCUUAUUAUAAACAGUAAUGUGAAAAUGUAGUUUCAAGUUAACUACCCACAGCAGUUUUACUGCUUAGACCACACACUGGUGUUUAAAAACAACUGGAAAAAUACUUCUAUAUUAAGUCAUUUUCUUUCACAGCAAGAAUGAGUAAGUGCCAUAUGUACAGUCAUCUGUAGAACCAAAGGCUGUAGCUUUCAAAGGGAAAUAAAUAGAUUAGGGCUUCCUCUAGGAAAAGUGAGUGCUGUUCCAUUAUCUUGUGGUGCUACAUCAUAGCGUCAGAUAUUUUAGAUUCUUUCCAAAUAACAAGUCUGCCUUGAAUCCAUAUGUAGCGGGGAAGCCUAGGUGGCAAUCCAUAACAGUUUGAAAAUAAAAUGGUUGGGUCAGCCUUGCUAGUGCACUUGGCUUCUAUGUGCACAGUAGGUAAUUCACUUUCAAGUCAUAAUGGAAAAGGACAACUGGCUUUCUCCAAAUUGCUCUUACAUUGAAUGGAAUAGAGCUGACUAGAAAGGCCAGCUUUUAAUUCAAAACCAGUUUUCCUUUCCUCCUGUGAAAAAAAAAAAAAAAAAAAAAAGAUUAAAUCUUGCUUUGGUUUCUAAUUCCCACUGAUAUCAGAGGGAGGUAGGAACCUACGUCUGGAACUUCACACUAGUGAACACAGAAGAAACACAUCCAUCUAGCACAGCUAGGUUGUGGGAGAUAGUUUGCAAAAAUUCCCUCCUCUAUGCCACAUAAUUAGGAAAAAGUCUUUUUUUUUUUCUUAUAGUAAAUGAAUGUGUAUCAAAAUCUGUAAGGUAGCAGGCACAUACUCUUUAUUCCUUUCCUUACUUCAAAUGCAGCACAUCAUGAAUUGUAGCAGUAAUUGCCAUUGGAAAACAGUAGCUAUGUUCCAACAAUUAGGAUAACCAUACAAUCAUCUUUUCUAAUAACCACAUAGACAUCUAUCCUAAUAGCUUGAGAACAACUUUCAAGUUGUUCAGACAGUUAUUUAUAAAACUCUUUUUUUCAAAUAAGUAAUGCUUGUACUACUGAUAAUACUUUUGAAUUUUUGAAUAUCAGUGACUUUUAUAUGGCAGACAGCAGUUCUGUCUGAUGGGGUUAAGAUGGAAAGUCUGAUCACCAUUCAACCUUUAUUAACUCAUUUAAGUGAGAAUUAUGAUGUGUGUGUUGACAGCUUGCAGUACUGACAGUUUUGAAUUAGUACUUCUGAGGCUGAGGAUGCUUUCUGUGGGCCACAUGCUGGUGCCAUCUGCACCUAUUUUACCUUGUGUUCUGAGUAGCAAAAAAUUACAUUGUCUGUCCUGUCCCUCCCGUGAGUGAUGCCCAUUUCAUUUGUUAUGUCUUUUAAGGGAUUAAAAACUAUCCAAAGCUUGGGGGAGGAAUAAAUGAAAUUUGGAGUUCAAAAAUAAGAGUUAAGUUAGCUGCAGGCAGUCUGCAUCUUGGACAAAAAUAACAACCUGAACUGCCUGUGGCAGUUUUGACAUGUAUGACCUGUAUUUAUUCAGUAGGUAUCUUAGUUUUCACUGAUCUUAGCAGUGAUCUGAUCUGAGUUGGGGGUCAGAUUUUUGUAUGCAUGAAUUAUUCUAAAACACUAGUGCAUUAUAUGCAAAGCCUUUUUUUGUUUGUUUGUUUGUUUGUUUUGGAUUUUUUUUCUGUAAGCAAGCAAAUUUUCUGUUUUCAGUCGGUGCUGGGCUGGUGUGAAUAUGGUCCCAUAGAUUACAAAAUCCAAAGAUUUGGCUCAUAAUAUUCUCCAGAGGAAUAAAUCAUAAUUAUGGAAGUUAAAUAUUUUUCCACUUCUAUUUUACUUCAUUAAAUACAUAUUCACAACAGUGAGAAAAUUCUACAUUUCCUUUUCAUUUCUCAGUGCCAUUCAACAAAAUGCUGUUUAUUAUUAUCUGUUCUUUGAGAGAAUUCACAUCAGCAUACUCUAUACUGAGACUGCAUUGAAGAUAUUCUUUAGGCAGAUUUGUGUCAGUGUUGGCCACUGACUGGGACUAAUCUCUGACUGCAACAUCAGAAUAGGGAGUCAGGCUCCAUGGGAAGGGCUUGUGAUGGAUGCCUCAGGAGAAUUUCACGAGGUCUUUCCCCUCUGAUCUGCAUGUGUUUAUACGUGUGCCUCAUUCUCCCCUCCACCUUCUCCCUCCAUGUCCCUAUAAGCUUCCUCUUCACUGGCACCAUGGAGGAUACAUCAUUUUAGGAUCUGGCCAGAGAUGCUGGGCUGCAGUUAGGGAGUGCAGUCAGUGAAAAGCUGCUGGCAGGCAGAGGGCCCUGGGUGGGCCAGCCUGGAGGUACCGGCUGGGAGGGCUGCGGGAAACUGGGCUGCCAGUGCGGGCAGGGGAGCGGAGCCUGGGACCGCACAGGGAGCACCUGAGGCUGCCGGAAUGCAGGGGCUCUGCAGGCCUCUGGUUGAGUGGGAAAGAUGGGGCAUGAGGAGAUGGGGAGCCCUUCCCGAGGCUGGGGCUGGAGCAGGGAAUAGCCAGGUAGGGGCAGUUCCACCACGCUGGCAUGUCAGAGAGUUGGGUGGGGCAGGGGAGGCUGGGUAGGGGGCAGCCAGGAUCACUACAGUCAGGGAGAGGGCUUCAAGUGAGAAAUUAGGGUACAAGUAGCUCACCAUAGCCCAGUAGCUCAUCCAUAGGUUUGGAUACGUACAGAGGGGUGAGCAAGGAUCCAAUCUGGUACAUCUGAAGUCUGGGCUGCAGGAAAGGGAAUGCAGUGUAUGUGAGCAGAGCUGAGCUGGCUUGAAGGGUGGCAGCAGUGAAAGUGCAGCAGCACAGACUUCAGUGCGAGCUGGACUGGCUUGAGAAAGUCCUGAAAAGUUCCUUGGGCAGAGAACCUGCACUGUAGCACAUGCCCUGGCUCCAGCUGGUGUCUGAGCAAGAGAGAUUAAAGCUAGUUUACAUAUCACUCUAUGAGGUACAGCGAUAUCUCUGAAUGAAGAACAGAGAUACCCUGAGGAUUAUCAUGUAAUAAAAAUUUCCUGUUAUGACUUGUGCUGCUUCAUAAUGUGGUCCAAAAACAGGGAAUCCACGUACCUGCCCUUGAUAUCUAUAUUAAGAUAUAAUUUUUGCACAUAUCUGAACCAGAAAUUUGUGAAUAAUAAUGUAGCAUUUUAAUUUUCACAGGGGUAGAAUACCACAUAAUUGCUGAUACUCUUCUGCUAUGUCACCUUUGUGAUAUGGAGAGGGUAAAAUGCUUAUAUAUACAAUAAUAUAUAUCUCUAAAAUUCAAAUUAUGACCUUUUAACUAUCAUGGAAAAUAAUGUUGUACAAAAAUAUGCAAGAUUAUAAUGUGUACUUGAUUAUGUUUUAUGUCUUGUAAGAGAUGCCUGAGAUAAGUCCUAAGUUCUUCUGAAUAUUUCUUUUCAUUCUAAUUAAUGUGAGGUUUUACCCAAUAAAACAAAGGUACUGUACCUCUGAAUGACCAAUUUAAAGGAUCAGUCUUUUGCCUAACUAAAAAGUGUUCAAUAACUUUUCAGUCAAAGGAUUCAAAAGCUGUUUUUAAUGCUUUUCUCUCUUUUGAUGUUCUUUUUGCAGAAUAGGGCAAAUUAAAUGUUUCCAAAUAAGGCUACUUUUAUUAUCUGGACAAAAAAUAAAAAACAGUUUUAGGACCUUUUUGUCAUUAGUUUUCACUAUAUUGGAUUCACACAUUAUACAGUUCUCAAUUCUAAAAUCAAUUCAAGACAAGGAAAAAUAUUUUUCCAUUGGUCCUUCAGUGGUCAGUACUUUGGGUAAAAUGUUUUGGUGAAGAUUGUUUGUAUUUAUGUUUAAUAAUGUGAAUGUCCACAGCACUGAACACAUUCAUUAGUGUCUAAUGCUGGGCACACUAAUGUUUUUUUGCAAUACUCAUCUCCUGGUAGUGGAUAUUACUUUGUUUAGUAUUUAUAAACAUCAGAAUUUGAAACUGAGUGAUUUAUUGCCUGCAGUGAUCAUAUAUUAGAAGUCUAGGUUUUAUAAUAUUUUGACAUGUUGACUUGAUGCCACAAGUGCCCUUGCUUUUAGAUAGAUAUUUUUUCCUGAGUUCCUAGUUAUUUCACUACAGAAUGUCUGGUGGUUUAUGAGAUGUGAGUAAUUACUUUGCAUGGAUUAUCUGUGCCAACAUGAAUAAAACAGUCUAGUAAUAAAAGCAAUGUGUAAAAACAGUUAAAGCUUUAUGAUUUGGGUAUAUUUAUGAAUAUGCCAUGUGAACAGCUGACAGCUUUCAGCCAUGUAAUAUCAGUAAGAAAGCGUACACAAGCUUGUACUCACUACUGCAGACCUGAAAAUAAAAAUUAAAACCAUUGGUUUCAACUUUA